AUGCCUCGUCCGCAGGCUUACGCCGUCUCAUCUUCUCCUCUCAAUCUCCUCACAACCCUUCCCACGCCAUCAUCAUCCGUUCAUAAGUCGAUGGACGGCCUCUACCUCGAUCUGACCGUCAUGUCGUCCCGAACCUCUCUCAACCGCACUCCAUCGCACAUGAACACGACCAACACUGCCCCUGCGGGCAGCCAGCCGGGAACCGGAGCCCGCUCGACUCGUUCCUCGACCCGCGCGACGGACACCGGGUCCGUGACGAGUGGCGAUGGCGGUCUGGCAGGCAUGUCCCGCUCCUUCUUCGGCCUGAACCGCAAGCCGCGCCGCAACUCUGCCUCCUCUGGCAGCUCGGGGACGCCGCCGCCUCCCCCCGGCCAUCCCUUCAAUGCGGCACGUACCAGCCCCCGUGGCUCCCAGUCACACCCGCAGACGGGCCUGCCUCCCCAGGGUCCCACGGGCCAGCCGAGCCAGGCGAGCCAGAGCCAAGCCAGCUUCCCCCAGAGCACUCACUCGACCUCGCAACAGUCCCAGCAGUCCCAGCAGUCGGCCUCGCAGUCGUCGUACUCGACCUCGACCUCGUCGUCGCUGCCGCGAACCCAGUCCAUUCCCUCGAGCACGAACCACCCUUCCCACACGGGACACGCGCAGGGCGCACCCACUCAGUCCUCGACGGGCGCCCACUCCACCCCGGGCCCUCACUCGGGCGCCCACGCGCCUCAGACCCGCGCAGCGAGCCUCGCAAUGCAGAGGCGGGGGCAGCUUCUGGUGGGCGGCGAGCCAGACGCGCCAGUGGCACUUGAACGAGGACAUCCUCCUGUUCCGGCACGUGGAGCGCAAUGGGGCGCUGAACUGGGACCAGGCCGUGCCGGGUCGUACGGCCGAGGAGGCGCGAAUUGCCUGGGUGAGCCGCGUUUCGCCUAG